AUAUUUUGGGCUCAUAGUUUUUCAUUUCAUUUCCUGCAUCAUCUUCUUCUUCUUCCUCCUUCGUUACAUGACUGUAAACAGUGUCAGCCAUAAACCUAAAACCCUAACUCCAUUGAUGCAGUAGAUUCAAUUUCCCCAAAUCUCAGAAACCAUGACUUGGAGAACCUUACUCUCUCGCUGCACUUCAAUACACACCAUCAACAAGCUCAAUGCAAUCCCCAAAUCCCAUUUCCACGCUCGCUCCAUCUUCAAACCUCUCCUCAUUCCGCCACCCACCGCCACCGCCACUCGCCACCUCCAUUCUCAACCCACCUCCAACUCGCUUGUCGACCCGGCGGCGAUCCUCGCUCAGCGAAACGACGAUGAGGACGACGACAAUGGAACCACGAACGAGUUCCUCUCCCGGUUCGCCUGGAUGAUGCGGAAAAAGGUGAAGGAAGCGUACCCGGAGUCUGAUAAAGCCACCAUUGACGCCAUGCUUCUUGUGAUUGUUGACAGGGUUGUGUCGGAGAUGGAGAAGGGCGGGUUGGGCGGCGCGGCGGCGUCGUCGGUUCGUCCUUCCGGGGAUUUCAGUGAGGAUUUGUGGACGACUGUGUGGGAGGUGAGUGGUAAGGUGCUGGAGGAUAUGAAUAAGGAGAGGAAGAAGGAGAAGAUGAAGGGCUUUUUGCAGUGUGAGGAGGUGAAGGAGAUGUGUAGGUUUGCCGGCGAGGUCGGUAUUCGCGGGGAUAUGCUUAGGGAGCUGAGAUUCAAGUGGGCACGUGAGAAGAUGGAGGAGCAUGAUUUCUAUGAGGAUUUGGAGAGGAUGAGGAAAGAGGGAGAUGUUGAAGAGACUGAUGAACCUGAACAUCAUGUGAAAGAGGGAACUGAGGAGAAGGGUGAGGGUGAGGGUAAGGUUGCUGAACUUCCAAAGAGGAGGGGGAAGAUGAAGUUUAAGCUUUAUGGGCUUGAUCUCUCUGAUCCUAAGUGGGAGCAGGUGGCUGAAAAGGUCCAUGAGUCAGGACAAGUGCUUUGGCCAGAGGAGCCAAAGGAAAUAACUGGGAAAUGCAAACUUGUUACUGAGAGAAUCAUGUCAUUGAAGGAGGAGGAGGAGGAGGAGGAUAACUUGACAACCCUGUUGGCUGAUUGGGUGGAGCUUCUACAGCCUAAGAGGGUGGAUUGGAUCAAUUUACUUGAACGAUUGAAAGAGCAGAAUCGUCCUUUGUAUUUCAAGGUGGCAGAAAUUAUACUGACUGAAGAUUCGUUCCAAACAAAUAUAUCUGACUACUAUAGGCUUAUUGAUAUCUAUGCUAAAGAGAACCGCUUUGAUGAUACUGAGAGGAUCCUUAAGAAGAUGAAUGAAAACCAAAUAGGGCUCGAUGCUUCAACAGCCAGUGCAUUGGUCCACCUGUACUGCAAGGUAGGCAAUCUUGAACGUGCAAAAGAAGCUUUUGAGGUCUUGACUAGAAAGGGCUUUCAACCAGACAUUAAAGUCUACAACUCAAUGAUCAUGGGCUAUGUAAAUGCUGGUGAUCCUAAGGCUGGUGAGAGUUUGAUGAAGAAGAUGGAGGAGAGAGGAGGUAUUAAGCCCACAAAGGAAAUAUAUACGGCAUUGCUCCGAGCUUACUCUGAGCGUGGUGAUGUUAUUGGAGCUGGGCGAAUUUCAACAGCUAUGCAGUUUGCAGGAUUCCAGCAGAGUAUGGAGACAUGCACCCUGCUUAUUGAGGCACAUUCACGAGCAGGUGACCCAGAACAAGCAAGAAACAACUUUGACUACAUGAUAAAAUUUGGGCAUAAGCCUGAUGAUAGGUGCACUGCUAGCAUGAUUGCGGCUUAUGAAACGAAAAAUUUAUUGGACAAGGCAUUAAAUCUUCUUCUUGAGUUAGAGAAGGAUGGGUUUCAGCCUGGGGUCGCAACUUAUUCUGUUCUUGUGGACUGGCUUUCUAAAAUGAAUCUUGUUGAUGAGGUUGAACAGCUUUUAAACAAAAUUGCUCUUCUGGGCGAGGCACCUCCUUUUAGGAUUCAAGUGAGUCUCUGUGGUAUGUAUGCAAGGUGCAAAAUGGAGAAAAAGGCCCUUCAAACUCUGGGCGUUCUGGAAGCUAGAAAGGAUGAACUAGGACCACAAGAGUUUCAGACAAUUAUACAAGACCUUAUUGAAGGUGGGUUUCAGAAGCAUGCACAAAGAAUGUGUAAGAUCAUGGAAGCACAGGGUUUCACUCCAUCAUAUGAGCUUAAGGGGGCCAUCCAACAUGGCAUUAUAAUGCCAAGAAGGAGAUGGUCAUGAGAAGUGCCAUGCUACUGUUGUUCUGCAAAGUGAUCAACAAAUGCACCGCCUUAUGAAGGAAGCGCUGGUUUGCUGGAUUGACCAUCCUUAACCAAUAAAGGGUUGAGUUUAUGCUUGAUGAUACGUUGUUAGUUUCUCAACUGUACCAUCCUUAUGAAUUUUGCCAUGAUUACAUUUUUGCAAGUGUUCAGAUUACUGAUUUACUUCUUGGAAUAGUUCUUUUGAACUUUAUCACUUUGUAUAAUAGAUUAAUUAAUUUGGAUAGGCAUUUUUCGUAGUAAUAAUAUACAAUCUCUGUGACUCUAGGCAUGUUUGUCACUGAUGCAUGAUUUGUUUGCCUUCAGCUCUUGCAUGCCUGGGAUACAGUUGCAUGUUGCGACUUCUGAUAACUUUUUUUUAACCUAUCUGUCAAUGGAUUGCAGGUAUUCUACAUGCUUUCAUUUGA